UUGGACGGUACCUUUAAAAUCGUCCCAAGACAGUUCGAUGACAAGGGUCAACUCCUUACAUUAAUGGUGCUUGACCAAACAACGAAUGAAUACAUUCCUGUUGUCCACAUUCUUAUGAAAUCUCGGACAGCAGAAGCGUAUACAACCGCAUUUUCCGCAUUAAUUUCAAUAAUUGGGUUCAACAAUUUCAAAACUGUUUACGUAGAUUUUGAAAUCGCACUUUACAAAUCCAUUAAAUUAUUUUGUCCAAACGCAAAGGUUACUGGCUGCUUAUUUCAUUAUCGCCAAGCAUUAAUUCGCAAAAUAAAAGAAUUAUACCCGAAACAAGAGAUACCAAAAGAGAUUUUUACACUUUACCAAAUUUAUUCCUCAUUACCUUUCGUCGAAAAAGACUCAUUUUAUCAAAUACUUAAAUUAAUCGAUGAGUCAUCCUCAGAAAUUGCAAAGCCGUUCGUAAAUUACUAUAAAAAAGUAUGGAAGAAAGAUUAUGAGUUCAUUAACCAAUUAGAUUCAGAGGAUGAUAUCUACACAAAUAAUGCUCUUGAAUCCUUCCAUUCUUUGCUUUCGAAAGAAUUAGAAAAUGCCCAUCCUAGCCUCGAAAUAAUGAUUGCAAUCUUAAUGAAAGUCGAUAAACACUUGUUGGAUAAACAAUUACUCAGUACAAAACCAGCAAAACAUCCUGUCAAUUAUACAAAGUCCACAGCAAAUAUUAAAAAAAGCAAUUACAAAUUAUUUAUCCGAAACAAAUCGAAAUUCCAAGAAAAAAUUCAAAUAAAUUUCAACAGUCAAAUCAAGUAA